GCCCGUGAGUCGCGCUCCUCGUUCCUGCCUCGCGAGCCUCGGUGAAAGGAUUUGGCGCCAGGCGGAUCUCUUUCUGCAGCUGCCGCAGCCAUACGAGCCAGCCGCCUACACCCAGACCGCAUCGAGUCCCUGCCGUCGCCGCUGCCGCCAUGAGCUGCUCGCCGGUGAACGUGAAAAAGUUGAAGGUGUCCGAGCUCAAGGAGGAGCUGAAGAAGCGGCGCCUUUCCGACAAGGGCCUCAAGGCCGAGCUCAUGGAACGGCUCCAAGCCGCGGUCGACCAAGAGGAGGCCGGUGGAGGGGGCUUAGCCAGCACCGAGCCCGGCAAUGGCAACAUCGAGGAGUUGGGGGAAGCCGCUCCGGGCAGCGGAGGUGCCCAGGAGCAGUUGCUGAUGGCUUCGGGAGGCGGAGGGCCCGACCAGGCCGCGGCCUGCGACGACGAUGAGGAGGCGGAGUUCGGCGGCUGCCAGGGAGAGGGAGAGGGAGAGGAGGAGGAGGAAGAAAGCAUGGAGUUGGGCGAAGAAAACGGCGAGGGGGUGGCCGCUGGUGAUGAGGAGGCGGCCGACGAUCUAGAAGACGACGAGAACGGCGACGACCAAGGCUUUCAAGAGGGGGAAGAUGAGGAGGAAGACGCCGCCGGCGGCGCGUCCACCACUAGCAGCGGGAACGCCAACGGCCAUGGCGCCGUGGGAAAAGAAUUGUCUGGCAAGGGCGCUGCCGCUCCGGAGGCCUCGGCUUCGACUCCUGCAUCCUCGGGCCAGCCCGCCAUCAAGCAGCUUUCGCCCACUCGGCAGCUUUCACCCACUCGGCAGCUCUCGCCCACCCGGCAGCCGCAGCAGCAGCAGCAAAAGCCCGGAGGGCCCGCUCGCCCUGCGGGGGAAACUAAAUCUGAACAGAAACCUGGUGAGAAAAAAAGGGGAGUGAAAAGACCACGGGAAGACCAUGGACGGGGCUAUUUUGAGUACAUUGAAGAAAACAAAUAUAGCAGGGCCAAAUCACCACAGCCACCUGUUGAAGAAGAGGAUGAACACUUUGAUGACACAGUGGUUUGUCUUGAUACUUAUAACUGUGACCUACACUUUAAAAUUUCAAGAGAUCGUUUUAGUGCUUCUUCAUUAACUAUGGAAAGUUUUGCCUUUCUCUGGGCUGGAGGACGAGCAUCCUAUGGCGUUUCGAAAGGAAAAGUCUGUUUUGAGAUGAAAGUAACUGAAAAAAUUCCUGUUAAACAUCUGUAUACAAAAGACAUUGACAUACAUGAAGUGAGAGUUGGCUGGUCACUAAACACAAGUGGGAUGCUGCUUGGUGAGGAGGAAUUCUCUUAUGGAUACUCCUUAAAAGGGAUAAAGACAUGCAAUUGUGAGAUUGAAGAUUUUGGUGAGAAAUUUGAUGAAAAUGAUGUGAUCGGAUGUUUUGCUAAUUUUGAUGGUGAUGAGGUGGAACUCUCUUACUCAAAGAAUGGGCAGGACCUUGGAAUUGCUUUCAAGAUCCCUAAAGAAGUUCUUUCUGAACGGCCCAUUUUCCCACAUGUCCUCUGCCAUAACUGUGCAGUGGAAUUCAACUUUGGCCAAAAAGAUGAGCCUUAUUUUCCCAUACCAGAGGGGUAUACAUUCAUCCAAAAUGUUAAUCUGGAAGAUAGAGUUAGAGGACCCAAAGGACCAGAACAUAAGAAAGAAUGUGAAGUGGUCAUGAUGAUUGGUUUGCCUGGGGCUGGGAAGACAACAUGGGUCACCAAACAUUCAUCAGAUAAUCCUGGAAAAUACAACAUUCUUGGAACAAAUACUAUUAUGGACAAAAUGAUGGUUGCAGGUUUUAAGCGGCAAAUGGCUGACACUGGAAAACUUAACACACUGCUUCAAAGAGCACCUCAGUGUCUUGGCAAAUUUAUUGAGAUUGCUGCUCGUAAGAAACGGAACUUUAUUCUGGAUCAGACAAAUGUGUCUGCAGCUGCGCAGAGGAGAAAAAUGUGCCUGUUUGCAGGCUUCCAGCGCAAAGCAGUUGUUGUUUGCCCAAAAGAUGAAGACUACAAGCAAAGAACACAAAAGAAGGCAGAGGUGGAGGGAAAAGAUCUUCCAGAGCAUGCAGUGCUCAAAAUGAAAGGAAAUUUUACUCUACCAGAGGUGUCAGAAUGUUUUGAUGAAAUAAUCUACGUAGAGUUGCAAAAAGAUGAAGCCCAAAAACUUCUGGAGCAGUACAAAGAAGAAAGCAAGAAGGCCCUUCCUCCAGAAAAAAAGCAGAAUACUGGUUCAAAGAAAAGUAAUAAAAAGAGUGGUAAAAACCAGUUUAACAGAGGUGGACAGAGAGGACGUGGUGGAUUUAACAUGCGUGGCAACUUCAGAGGAGGAGUCCCUGGAAAUCGUGGCGGCUAUAACAGGAGAGGUGGCAAUAUGCCCCAGCGUGGAGGUGGUGGUGGCAGUGGUGGAGCCAUAGGUUAUCCAUAUCCUCGUGGUCCUGUCUUCCCAGUAAGAGGAGGCGGAGGCGGUGGAGGCUAUUCAAACAGAGGAAAUUAUAACAGAGGUGGAAUGCCCAACAGAGGAAACUAUAACCAGAAUUUCAGAGGAAGGGGAAACAAUCGUGGCUACAAAAAUCAAUCUCAGGGCUACAACCAGUGGCAGCAGGGUCAAUUCUGGGGUCAGAAGCCAUGGAGUCAGCAUUACCACCAAGGAUAUUAUUGAAUUCCCAAAUAAAAAUGAACUGAUCCAUAUUUCUUCAAAACCUUCACAAGAAAUCGACUGUUUUCUUUAGUAGGCUAACUUUUUAAACAUUCCACAAGAGGAAGUGCCUGCAGGUUCCUUUUUUAGAAGCUUUGUGGGUUUGGUUUUUUUUCUUUUUGUACAUUUUUAAUUGCAGUUUUAAAGUGAAUCUUAACAGAACCUCAGCAUUGUGCACGAUGAGCGAAUGUGUCAGUAUUUCAGGGUUCUUACAUUUUAUCUGUAAAAUGUGAUUUUUUUUUUUUUACCACAACAAAAGUAAAAUGUUGCUUUGUAUCUGGUGUCCUCUGAUUAAAGAUUUUUUUUCUCCCCCUCCCUCCCUCCCCUCAAUUUCUAGGAAACAGUCGUGAGUCAUCAAAACAGAAUAUUUAGCAACCAGGUUAUUUUGUGCUCCACCCCCAAAAGAUACAAUGUAAAUAACGUUCAUUACACUCCAUCUUCCACUCCAUCCUCUCUAUACAGUUUUUAGAUAUGGAAGAAGGAAGAAAAAUCAAGAGAGUCUUUUGGCAAUAAAGAAAGGGAUAUAUAUUUUUUAAUUUGGCAAUGAUUUUUGAAGAGGCCAAAACAAACCUUAAAGUUAAAUAGUGAUGGUGGAGUGCACAUCUAACCUGGUUGCAUUUGUCUGUAGAGGCUCAACUUGUGAAGGUACACACCAUCAACUUUUUCCAUUGUUCUGCAUUUUGAUUCUGAAAAAGCUGGCUCUGCCCAUUUCUUAUUAAACAAACUUGUUGUAAAUCCAGUUGUCUAAUGGGAUCUAUAUGAAGUUAGCUGUGUGUCUGUAACCCUUUCCCCACAAAUACUGUGUAUUUAGUGUGCUUGUAGUAGUAUACUCCACCAUUUUGUAAACAAAUGAAAUUGUGAUUCACCCAUUUUAUAUCUAAUUUUUAAUCAUGUUAGUUUUCAGAUGGGUGUUUCUCCUUAGCCUGCUGAUUUACUUUAAAGAAAGUGGGUGGAGAAAUUAACUUUAGCCGUUUGUUUGCAAUAAAAUAAAAUCAUUUUACUCU